UGCAGGUUUUGACAACCAAGCUAAUAUGGACACCGCUGGUUUGACUCGGAUUUGCCUCCUUCUCGUUUUCUCCAUUUGUGCGUGUGUCGUUAGGGGAAGUCCAAUAGGUACUUCAGACAUAAAUUGCGUUGCAGGUAGCAAUCAACAUGUGGGUGCAGUGGAUGAAGGAUAUACAGGGGAUGUGGAGGUGGUGAAAGGGAUCACAGAAGGAAGUGGUGUGAAGCUGGUGCCCUACAUCUUCCCCAAACACCUGGAGUUUCUGGAGCUGAGCUUCACACUCGGAGACACCAACGCAACUGUUCGCACCAAGACGCCUCUGGACGCAGACAUACUGGCAGAUACUGACAGCACCUUGUAUUACUCUGUCAUGUGUGACGGCCCAAUUAAGUACAAUAACACUCGAAAGCUGAAAAUCAACGAUCUCAAUGACCACAGCCCGAAAUUUACACAGAACCCCUACAGCAAGACUGUCUCUGAGACACAAUCUGUGGACAGCGAAGUUCUUCGAGUGACAGCUGUGGACGCAGACAGCACCAUAGAAAACAACUUAGUGACAUAUUCAAUGGAGCCAACUUCAGAGGACUUUGUGUUGACCAACUCAGGGGCUCUUAUUUUGAAGAGACGUCUGAACUUCAAUGUAGUCCAAGAGUACAACUUCAACGUGACGGCUAAGGUGGGUGAAAAUAUUUACACACAACAUCUGCUCAUGGAAUGGACAGAUGUUCUGACUUUAAGAACGCUUCAAAGGUUGGGAAUCACCACAAAGUUUUUUUUGUCUCUUUUGUUAACCAUAUCAUCGUGGUAAAUCUGAAUGAAUGAUACUUUGGUGCUCAUUGU